CGAAGAAAAUACCAAAAUCAUACACUGAACAGAGCUCGAGAAGUUGACUAGCAUAGCGAGGAGGCGACAGGCGAGGAAGGUAAAACAGCGGCGGCAUGGGGUCGCCCAAGGCGGCCAGGAGCAUGGUGAAGCAGCGCAUCUGCCGUCGCCGGUUCGGCGCGCUGUUCGCUGCCGCCCUCGUCGCGGCCGUCCUCGCUGUCUUCGUCUUCUCCGACCUGUUCGCGCAGGAUCCAAACGCCUCCUCGCAGUUUAACGCCCUCCGGCCAGUGCGCGAUGCGUCGGAACCUGCAGAGACCGGGAAAUCUCCCAACAAGGAGGAUCUUGCAACGGCGACAUCUGAUCAAGAACUCGAUGCUGGAAAUUCUGUGGGCGAAGGAGGGACAGCAAAGGCAGUGCCGGCACAAGGAGAAAGAAGCACAGGAGGAUCCGGUUUAGUUCAGUACUCGAGAUGCACACCUGGAACUGGAACAACCAUCUGUGAUCUCUCCAACCAGCGCUAUGACAUCUGUGAGCUUUGUGGUGAUGCUCGCACCAUCGGCCACUCCUCUACUGUAAUUUAUGUCCCACAGUCCCGCACUUCCAAUGGCGAAGAGUGGAGCAUUCCGGCACAGUCCCGGAAAAGCCUUCCAUGGAUCAAGAAGGUGACUGUCAAAUCCCUGAACGCUUCCCAACUGGAGCCAAGUUGCACAUCCAGGCAUGCCAUACCGGCCAUUGUCUUUGCAUUGGGUGGGUUUACAGGGAAUAUCUGGCAUGAUGUCAGUGAUGUUCUUCUCCCUCUGUUUCUUACUGCCCACCAGUUUGACCGAGAUGUUCAACUACUUAUCACCAACAAUAAGCCCUGGUUCAUCAAAAAGUAUGCAGCAAUCUUUCACCGCCUCACGAAGCACCACAUUAUUGAUUUUGAUGCAGACAACCAGGUCAGGUGCUAUCCACAUGUCAUUGUUGGACUUAGGAGCCACCGGGAUCUUGGUAUUGAUCCGAACUCUACGCCACAGAACUACACGAUGGUGGAUUUCCACUUGUUUGUCCGUGAAUCCUAUGGAUUGCCUGCACCCGAAGUGGAUAUACCAUACAGGGCUGACAAAGAUGACCCUGAGAGGAAGCCCCGGAUAAUGCUCAUCGAUCGGGGCAAGACACGGAGGUUCAUGAAUGCCCCUGAUGUUUUACAAGGACUUGAUUGGUUUGGUUUCGAGGUGGUCAAGGCAGACCCGAGGAUUGACUCCAAUCUUGAUGAAUUCGUGCGCCUGGUCGACUCUUGUGAUGCAAUCAUGGGUGUUCACGGUGCGGGCUUGACUAACAUGAUGUUCCUGCGGUCAGGUGCAGUGUUGGUGCACAUUGUACCAUAUGGCAUUGAGUUCAUGGCUGAUGGAUUAUACGGCGCACCUGCAAGGGACAUGGGCCUGAGACACGUGCAGUACAGCAUCAGUCCGGAUGAGAGCACGUUACUGGAGAAGUAUGGUUGGAACCAUACGGUAAUCAAAGAUCCAGAAGCCAUCAGGAAAAGUGGAUGGGAGAAGGUUGGGGAGUUCUAUAUGUCCGCACAGGACAUCGUGCUCAACAUGACAAGGUUUGGGUCUAGCUUGCUGAAGGCAAUAGAGUUCAUUAUGUAGGUGCAUGAGGCGAGGUUUCUGUCAGCUAUGGAGUCUCUUCAUUUUUCGCAGAAAGAAAAGGUAGCAAAUUUACACUUUGUGUUUAUAGGGUUUAUUAGUGUUCUUCUCGUGGUGCUUCUGUAUAGAAUUGAAAAUGUAUGAUUCGAUUGACAAUUCUGUGGAUGUUACAGAAAAGAUGAUAUAAGGCAGUGUUCAGUUUUAAUCUUGCCUCCA